AUGGUGGCUCACAGACAGCUGGCAGUGGAGAAAUUGAACCCGAAGGUGAGAGUGUCCAAGCCGGACCAAGUCAAUGCCACCCAGCCGGGAUCCACCACUGGAGGAAAAGAGGCAUCUCCCUCACUGCGGUUAGCUCAAAAGGAAAUCGAGUUAACUUUGUCUGUGGAGGUGUUACGAGAAACGCUGAAGCACAAGUCCCCCUGGGUGGCCAAUGGCUGCUGUGGGCAGCUGCCUGCUUGCAACAAGUAUGGUGUGCCUGGAUGUCCAAGGGACUACAAUCCGGUUUGUGGGACCGAUGGAGAGACCUACUCAAACGAGUGUGUGCUCUGCCUUUCAAACAGUGAAAAUAAAAAGGAUGUCCAAAUUUUCAAGAUGGGAAUAUGCUGA